GUUUCUUCUCGUCUGACAGAGGCUCGAUCUAUAACAGACAUGGUCGCUGCUGCUGCUGCUGCGCGCCCGCCGUCGGCCAUCGACACCGGCGAGGGGCCCUCGAAGCGCGGUGGUGCUAGUGCCACACAAGCCACGGCCACAGCCACAGCCACAGCCAACCUGCGGGGCUGGUUCGCCGGCGACUGGGCGACCGACGACAAGAUCGAUCUCCUGGCGCAGACGUACACCGUGUUCUCGUCGCUGCAGCGCAUCGCAGCCGAGAGCAAGCGGGCGAGCAAGCCGGGCCUUGUGCCGCCCGCGCAGACGCUGCAGUACUACCACCGCAUCAGCGGCCUCUACCGCGAGGCGAUCCGGCGGUACAUGGAGGCCGUCGCUGCGAGGACAAGCGGAGGCGAAGACUACGACGACAACGAUGAAGAAGAAGAAGAGGAACGCGAGCUCGAGCUCAGCCAGUCGAUCCACACGACGCUCCACCUGGCCGAGACGCUGUACCUGCCCGUCGACGGCCGGGGCGCCGGCGUGGUGGGCGAGGAGGUGCUCCACUGGCUCAACUCGUUUGAUUUCGCCCCGCGCACCGAAGACGGCCAGGCGAUUGCGCAGGCGGCCGUGCCGUACGAGCACCCUUCCUACUGGGACUACAUCCUCCGCUGCGUCCUCCGCGGCUUCCACACGACGGCCGCCUCGCUGCUGGGCUCGCUCGCGUCGUCGCACCCGUCGCAUGCGCUGCGGGGUGUGGCCAGCCGUGUGGCCAAGCUGCUUGCCAGCCUGCCGCGCUCGACUUCUUUUGCGCUCGAGCACGACUUUCUGGCCGCACACCGGCGCUGGCUGGGCCAGGUGCGCGCGCUCCUCGCCGGCCUCGAGGGCGACAUGGACGACAUGGAGCGCGAGCUGGGCCAGAGCAGGGGCGCAGACGACGAGGACGGCGACGGCGACGGCGACGACGUCGAGGACGAGCGGCUGGAGCUCGAGGCGCAGUUCCGCUGCCUCGUCGAGCUCAUGGCCGGCGUGCGCGACCGCGUCUUUGAGGCGUGCGAGAACUGGACCGAGGCGCUGGGUGCGUGGGGCGUGCUCGUGCAGCCGGCACUCAAGCGUGACGACGUGCCCGAGACGAUGGCUGCGAUCCUGGGCCGCUUUUCUGUCGACGAGGCGCGACGGCCGGGCGAUGCCGUGCAGGCGGCCCUGGCGCGCGGCGAUGUGUCUAAGGCCUGCGAGGCAGCCACGCGUGUGGACCCCUGGCUGGCCGCCCACCUGGCCGACCUCGUCGCCAAGGCGGGUGUGCUCGACGAGGGUGCUGCUCACGAGCGCAACCAUCUCGUGGCCGUGUAUGCAGAGACGCUCCUCGACGACCAGGGCCUCUGGCGCAUGGCCAUCGACUACCUCGCCACGUGCGACGGCAGCGAGGCAGACAGGGCCAGCACACGCCGGCGCAUGGCCGCCAUCCUCGUCUCCAUCGACCUCGUGGGCCCGCACGCCGUGGCGGCGCGCCCGCGGGCUCGGCCGAGACCCAUCGACGAGCUCGAGGCCGAGCAGCGUCGCGCCGAGGAGAUGAUGGACGAUGAUGAGGAGGAUGGAGAAGUGCGCCGCGAGAGAGAGGAAGCACAGCGCCGCCGCAGCGCAUCCGACGAGGUGGCGCGCAUCGAAGAGGUGCUGCUGGCGUGCCGCGAGCACGGCAUGGAGCGCGAGGCCCGGCGCGUGUGCAGCCGCGUCGCACGCCAGCUCCUCGCGCGCCGCCGCUACGGCGAGGCCGUCGCCUUUUGCCGGCGUGCCGACGACGCACGGGGCAUCCGCCGCAUCGUCGCACGCAUCCUCGACGUGUACAUCUGCGACGGCGCAGACGCCUUUUGCGCCCUCGUCGACGCCAUGCCGCCCUCGCUCCUCGCGCCGGGUGGCGCUGGUCUCGAUGGCGAUAUAGACACAGACACCGCCGCCGCCGACGACGACGCAGAUGCCCAGCUCGGCUUCGCGCUCUCGACCCGGCUUGCCUUCCUGGCCCAGUACCGCGACUUUCACCGUCUGUAUGCGGCCCGGCGCUCGGCCGAGGCAGGCGCGCUGCUGGUUGAGAUGCUGUCGAGCGACAGCUGCCCGCAGCCAUUCUAUGCCGUGCUCCUCGUCGACGCCAUCCCCCUGCUCAUGCGUGGCUCCGACGGGCUCGAGGGAGAGGGAGAGGGAGAAGAAGAAGAACAGGACGAGCAACAGGGCUUCACAAACGACGAGACGAUGGAGCUCCUGCGCAUCCUCGACGUCGUCAUGGCCGCCUCGAGCCGGCACGAGCGCCUGGCCAGGCACUACCUGGGCCCGCUCCAGCGGCUCCUCGUGGGGCCCUCGCCCAACGGCACGGCAGCAGGGCAGGCAAAGACGCAGGGACAGCGGCAGAGUCAGGGACAGGCAGGGCAAAAGGGGCUAGUAGAGGAGGCAGAGGCAGAGGAGGAAGAGGACGAGGAAGAAGGGGAAGAAGAGGAGGAAGGAAAAGGGGAUGUGUUUGACGUCCAGGCAUCCACGCGGCGGCUCGACAUUCUCAGACUCGCGCUGGCCAAGCGCCUCGCAGACAUCUUGUAG